CUUUGCAUACACAGAUAGCUGACAGUUUUUGAAAAUGGUUGCCUACUGCCCCAUCUGUGGAAAACCUGUCUACUUUGGUGAGAAGAAGCGCUCUCUUGGCAGAGACUACCAUCCACUAUGCCUGAAGUGCUUCAGAUGCAAGAGCCAGCUCAGCCCAGGAAACCAUGCAGAGCAUGAUGAUAAACCGUACUGUAACCAUUGCUACAUGAAGCAGUUUGGACCAAGAGGAACUAGACAGCCAGUACCUCACUCGUCUCCUGGGACAGCUUCUUAAAGAAUUCCAGCAAAGAGCCAGAAACGAUCGGCUUUUGUCACCGGAGGAUUCACUUCCGAGACUGCACUGCACAGCUGAACAGCCUGUUAGGAAAGAAACAAUUUAUAUGUAUGUACUCUAGAUGUAACCUUAGCAGGGUUUUCAUAUAUGCAUACAUGUAUCUUGUGUAUUGACUUUGUACAGUAACAUCUGACGUAGGGUUAGGUUAAGGCUGUUAAUAUGGGGAAAUUAAAAUCAACUGAAUAAUUUGUGCUCAAUAAGGUUAAACAGUUUUCCUAGUUGGCUAAACUACUUGCAUUUUUGUGCAAAGGCGAGUUGCUAAAAUAGGAAGGCAGUAAUCUGCAAAAUUUUUAAAAAAUGUGCUAAAUAGGCUUUUUUUGCAUCUGCUUGUGUUUAUUUUUUUUUUUUUUAGAAAAUCAGCAUUCAAUACAAUGCAGUUCAAAUGUUCACCUCUUGGUAAAUUACUUGGCAAAUUAUAAAAAUAUUGCAGAACAUACAGUAAAGUAUAGAGAAAGCAUAGUGAAGCAUGGUAAAGAACACAACAUUCUAUAAAUAUUUACCAUUGUAAACCUUUACAAAGAUAAUGUGAAUUAUUUAAAUAAAAUACCCACUGCAUCUGAAA